AUGUCACAUAGAAUGCCGAAAUCAGCCAGGAAGCAGCUUGGAAGCAGAAAAACUCCAUCGGCUGCUAAUCAAAUCAACCGAGUUUUCAAGUUCAACACAAAUCUCGGUCAGCAUAUCUUAAAGAACCCUCAAAUCGCACAGGCAAUCGUUGACAAAGCAGAAAUAAGGCCAUCAGAUGUUGUUUUAGAAAUUGGACCUGGUACCGGUAAUCUUACCAUGCGAAUUUUGGAGAAGGCACGCAAAGUUAUUGCUAUCGAAGUUGAUCCAAGAAUGGCUGGGGAACUUUUAAAAAGGGUUCAAGGGACACCUGUUGAAAAGAAGUUGGAAAUUACUGUUGGUGACUUUAUGAAAAUGAAGGAGCUUCCUUAUUUUGAUGUUUGUAUUUCAAAUACACCGUAUCAGAUAUCGUCAGGAAUCGUUUUUAGAUUGCUUGAAAUGGAGCAUCCUCCGAGAAUUGCAGUUCUCAUGUUUCAAAGAGAAUUUGCAAUGAAUCUCACUGCCAGGCCAGGUGACAACCUCUACAAUCGUUUAAGUGCAAAUGCUCAGAUGUGGGCUAACGUGAAACACGUUAUGAAGGUGGGAAAAAACAAUUUCAGACCUCCUCCAAAGGUGGAAUCAUCAGUGGUCAAAGUGAUACCGAAAAUCCCAAGACCUAAUCUUAAUUAUAGUGAAUGGGAUGGAUUACUACGUCUUUGUUUUAACCGAAAGAACAAAACGUUGGGUGCUAUAUUCAGGAACAAGAAGAUAACAGCAAUAUUGGAAGAGAACUACAAGAGGUACUUGGCCUACACAAUCGAGCAGAACGGAGAUAUGUCCAUUGAAUCUAAUAACGAUGUCGAAUCAUUGGUGAAACAAAAUGUAAAUAAGGUGUUAACGGAAACAGGAUUCGCGGAACAAAGGGCUUCCAAGAUGGAUCAAGUGGCUUUUCUCAAGCUAUUAUACGCAUUUCACCAGAUCUCUGCCACCCAAAACUCAACUACCGAUGCUCCUUCUCAGGAUGAUGAAGACUACAACACCUGGUGGAACUAUGUUCAUGGUAACUUCUACCAUGAGAACAACAUGUGCACCAUUGCUUAA